AGUUUCACAUUCUAUUUUUGUAGCACACAAACCUUGAUGUUGUAAUUAUUUCAAUUUAUUAUUUGCGGAAGUCAACUAACUAUAAGUUUAGUAUUAUGUCGAGUGAAACAUGCAUAGAAAGCAUUCGCGAUAUACAAACUAUUUUAAAAAAUAAACUAGAUAUUGAGAAAAUAACGAAAAUUGAUAUCACAAGAUUGACAGCACCAGGAGAAAAUUACGGGAGUUUAAUACUAAAGUUAGAUAUUUAUCUUAACAGUGUGAACAGUGUCGAUGAAGAAAUUGUGAAAUUAGUGGCUAAAAAAAUUCCUGUUGAACAAAUAUUACGAGAAAAUUUUAAUAUACAAAUCACUUUCAAAAAUGAAGUAGGUUUAUAUGAAACAGUGUUGCCGAUUUUACAAGAUUUCCAGAGAAGUCACGGUAUACAGAAUGUUAUAAACAGCGUUCCUAAAUUUUUCGGUGCCAGGUUAAAUUUAGACGGUAACGAAGAAGUUACUGAAGACGCCGUAAUCAUUUUAGAAAAUUUAACAGCCAAAGGUUUCAGCAAUGUUGAAAGAACUACAGGAUUCAAUCUAGAAUCCACUAAACUAAUUCUUGAAAAUUUAGCAGAGUUCCACGCAGUUCCUUUAGCGUUAAAGCUGAAGCAGCCCAAGCUCUUUGAAAGAUUGAAGAAAUUCUGCAACACUUUCGAAUUUAAAAGCGAAUUUCAUAAGAUAUUCUGGGAAACUACGAGAGCCGUUAUCAAAGAGAAACCAACAUGUGCAUUAUUAGACAAUAAAAUAAAAUUAUUGGGGCAAAUUGAUAGACCAGAAGUUAUGGAACCGUUCGGAACCUUGGUACACGAUGAUCUUUGGAGCAAUAACACGAUGCAAAAAUUCGCACCUAAUCAAAUAGCUGUUGAAAAUAAAUUUUUAGAUUUCCAGUUUUUAGAUUACGGUUCUCCUGCAUCGGAUUUUUUGUUUUUCGUGUUUACCAGCGUACAACUCGACGUACUUGAAAAUAAUUUGGAUAUUUUGAUUAGUACGUAUCAUAAUCGUUUCUUGAAACAUCUGGAAGUGUUCGGAUGUGAUAUUGGAGUUUUCACCGCGGAAAAAUUCAUAGAAGAAAUCAAAAGGGAAACUGCUUUUCAAAUUGGUCAUAUAAUAAACUUUGUUUUGUUUAUUAUCAAAACUAAACAAGAAAAUGUUAAGAUACUUGAUCAUAUUAAUAUAAAACCUUCUCUCAUUACUCAGAAAGCUAAAGAACAUAUUUGGUUUGUUAUUGAGGAAUGGAAUCGAAGAGGAUGGUUAUGAAAAAUUUCCGCAUGUCUUUUAGGCCCCUAACAUGGAAAUGAUUCCCUUCCACUCUUUCCUAUUUUUCCCUUUUCCCGUUCGUUUUCCAGUCCUGAAUUCUUCUUUCUCGUAGGUCCCUUUCCACCAUCUCUGUGUUCAUCAUUUUUUUUGUUGCUUUUAAUCUAUCGUUCUCUGUAUAUGACCCAACCACUCGAUUCUUUUGAAUUAUCGGCUUAUACGAGUUUUUGGGCUUUUGCCAUACAAGGCAAAAAAGGUUUGGACAGGCCAAAAUCCUUGUGUAUUACAAAUUAUAUAAACGUAUCAUGAAAUUUCUUUUCGAUAUAUUUGUCAAUAUAAUUUAAAAA